AUGUCGGCAAGGAACAAUAACCGGCCAUGGCUGCAAGUUGUUGGAUUGCCUAAUAAAAAUAAGCGAACAACGGCGCCACCAGACGCUCCAGACUCGUUCGUUGGUGGCACGGCCACAACGGUUUUCACUGCCAAAAGGUAUCAGUUCCCAGAGAUGGUAGUUGUGCAAACCGCAUCAGCAAAUUGUCACGGUGCCUUGAUCUCGACAAAGGCUAUUCUAACGGCAGCUUCUUGCUUUUGGACUCUAGAAACAGGCCUGUCAACGGACGAAGUGAUGAUCGGCGUAGGCGCUCUGUCGGGAACUUCAGUUAACGCUUCCAUUACCGUUUUCAACGUCACGAUCCAUCCCCAAUAUCGUUACUACCCCUUGUCUGGCGUUCACGAAAAUAACAUUGCCAUCAUCCUUCUCCAGAGAAAUCUUGUUGUUGAUGGUAGAUUAGUUGCUCCGAUUAACCUGACAGCAUCUUCAACCGCCAAGCCCGACUCGUAUCUUAAAAUUCCCGAUCUGAGGUUGGCGGGCUGGGGCCAAACUCAGAACAAUGCAAACGUCAGUGACCCAUUGAACAUCGAUUCACUCCUAUUUGCGACCGUCUACAUGGCGCCUCAAAAGUCUUGUGCAGCCGCGUAUGCUAGUCUCAAUUCCAGUAAAGUCUACUUGCUGUCUGACACCAUGAUAUGCACUAAUGUAACUACCAGUCUUGCUUCCACUUGCAAGGGGGACACCGGAGCUCCUUUGCGAUACAUUAAUAGUGCCGGUGCAUUUCCUUACACAGUUAUGGUUGGAAUCGCUACAGAGCCGAUCGAAACUCGGUGCCCAACCAGUUUGCCAAGCUUGUACACCAACAUUGCUCCGUUUAUUAAAUGGAUUGCCUCAGUGACUGGCCUGUCACUUAAAUAA